AUGUCGAGAGUUGAGGAGAGGUUGUUCGGGUGGAGCUGCUGGGUAGUCACUCUGGGCAAAGGGCGACCGGGAUAUCUGAAACAUCAACACCCGGGAGGAGGCUCGACUCGUCUGAGCGGGGUCUUACAGGGAACUCCGAGUGGUUUGAUUGCUGGGGCUCUUGAGCCCGCUCCGACAACACAUCUCGUCCGACGUCAACCAUUCACCAGCUCAACGUCCUAUAUCAUCGGCAAAAUGGGGACAAAUAAAACUCAGUCGGCUGGGAGUGAUCGAUCGACCAGUAUCCUGAUACAUUUCAUGAUCCACUUCCUGACCAAAUCAUAUGGCAAAAUCUGA